CAGUCUCGAACUACUUUCAGUUAUAAUGCCACCAACCACCCAACCACUGGACGAUACCACAACGCGCCUGGUCGCUGGAUUUGGAGAGAGCGGCCAGCGCCUGCUCCAAUUCCUCAGCGGCAAAAUCGAAAACACCGUGCCCGGUGAGCUCGUCUCCCACUCAGUCCUGCUCUCCGGUCAGUCCGGAAUCGGGAAAUCGCUUCUGCUCACAACUCUUGCCGAAAAGCUAGCCUGCAAAAUCAUCAAAGUUAACCUUGGUCGUGUAAUCGCCCACGGCGGCCAGCACAGCGCCCUGCGUCGCAUCUUCGCUAGUGUCCCGCACACCCAGCCAGUGCUGGUAUGGAUCGUUGAUCCAGAAUUAUUCUGCGGUAUCUACGGGUGCUUGGUCGAGGCGUUUGUCCAAAAGUCCAAAUCCAUGCCUAUGUGCUGUGUCGCCAUGACAUCGCGCUAUCCCGACAGGGUCUCAGUAUCGCUUCGCUGCAUUGUCGACGACCAUAUCCGGCUAUUACCGCCCGGAAAGACCGAGCGCCUACAGCUAUGCCAGUGGUACGCAAAGCACAACCUGCCUCCAGCGGAUAUUGCCCAGCUCGUGGAGGCAACCCAUGGCAAGGUCGCUGGUGAGCUAUUUGCCGAUUUGUCUGCCAUGCAGAAAAACAGAAAGCUGCCGAUGGCCGUUGUAGAGUCCGCAGGCGUGCGCUGGGAGGACAUCGGCGGGCUCAGCAACGUGAUCAACGAAAUCCAGGAAUCGAUUAUCUGGCCAUUGCGCUACCGCGAUCGGUUCCGGCGUCUCGGGAUCCGCCCACCGCGCGGCGUUUUGCUUCACGGCCCGCCGGGAACUGGCAAGACAAUGAUUGCUCGGGCCAUUGCGCACGAAGUGUCGGCGAACUUUAUCCUGGUGGCCAUCCCAGACUUGAUCAAGGGCGAGGUGGGCGAGUCGGAGAAGGCACUAGCCAGCGUGUUUGAGAGCGCGGUGCGCAUGCCCAGCAUUUUGUUCCUGGACGAGAUCGAGGCAAUCUUCGGGUCGCGCGAGCAGGCAGGCGAGGUCGGGAAGAAAUUGAUUUCACAGCUGUUUCUAGAGCUGGAUAGUAUUCCUGAGGACGCGAAUGUGAUGAUUCUAGCGGCGACGAAUGCUCCGGAACUCAUGGACUCGUCUAUUCUUAGGUCAGGAAGGCUGGACAAGAAGAUUCAUAUUCCAAGACCUGACUACGCGAGCAGGCUGGAUAUCCUCAGGCGGUCUACAAGGCACUUGUCAAUUAGCAACAAAAGCACUACGCUGGAAUGGCUAGCCAACAACAGCCUAAGCGGUGCAGAGAUCAAGGCCCUGGUGCGCGGCGCCUGCUACUCAGCAAUCCAGCGAGGGUCUGCAGAUAUUUCCAAAGAAGACUUUGAGGCAUCACUUUCGGCGAUGAAUCCAGCAAAUAUCUUGUUUUCAAAGAAAUAAAC